AUGGCAAACACAACCAAUCUCAAGGGACAAUCGCUCUUUGACCUCUCGGGCAAAGUGGCCCUCGUCACCGGAGGCGGCUCCGGAAUUGGACUCAUGGCCGCGCAGGCUCUGGCCGCCAAUGGUGCCAAGGUCUACAUCUGUGGUCGCACCAAAGAAAAGCUCGACACCGCUGCAUCUGCUCACGGCGAAAAUGCGCCUGGCGAAAUCAUCCCCAUCCAAGCAGACGUCAGCUCCAAGCAAGGCAUCAAAGCGCUCGUCGACGAGAUCAAGUCGCGAGAAAAGUGUGUCUGCAUCCUCGUCAACAACGCCGGCAUCAGCGGCGAGACGCACACCACUGCGGAAGCACAUUCAGCAGAGGACCUGAAGAGGAGCCUCUUUGACAGCGACUCGUCGACUUUUGAUGACUGGAUCGACACGUACCGAACCAACGUUGCGGCCAUGCAUUUCACCACGGCUGCUUUCCUGCCGCUGCUGCAGAACUCGACCGAGACUCAGCAUGGCUGGUCAUCCACCGUCAUCAACAUCACGUCCAUCUCUGGCCUGGUCAAGACAAGCCAGCAUCAUUUCAGCUACAACGCGUCCAAGGCGGCGGCAGAGCACUUAUCACGCAUGAUGGCUGCGGAUUUUGCCGCUGCCGGACUCAAGAUUCGCGUCAACAGCAUUGCGCCGGGAGUCUUCCCCAGCGAGAUGACCACCGAAGGCAGCGACGAAAGACAGAAGAGUCAGAUCGACAAGAGUAAAUAUGAGGGCAAGACUCCCGCCGGACGCCCAGGAAAGGAUGAAGACAUGGCGCAAGCCGUGCUGUUCCUUGCUGUGAAUCAGUUUGUCAAUGGAAACAGAGUAGUGGUUGACGGAGGACAUACACUCGCCGAAGGAAUGUAG